AUGAAUGGUACCAUCCUUGAGUCUGGACCUUCAGCCCAGAAGACUACUUAUUGGGCCGCCAAGCCGGUCAUUCUUCUCAAUUCUCUCGAGAAGCAAUUACCUCAAACUCUCAACUUUCAUCCGCAUCCACAGAAAGCCCUACCACAAGAUACCAUGGCCAGCGAGGACGUUCCACCUCCUCCCUACGUUGCAGACACUGCUACGCAACCGAUCAAUCGACCCCCACCUUUUCCAUUGCCUUCGGAAGUAACGGCACAUUUUAUCAACCUCAUCCCAGGAUCAGCACCAUUCACCUUCGCUUACCCUGAGCCCUCGGCGUUGUGGCUAAGUCGCGACAUCCAACAUGAAGACUGGGCUGCUUUUACCUCAAGCCUCGUCAGAGCCGGGCGUUCUGAUACCACCGGCGGCACACCCCUUCCAGCGGAUUCGAAAGGGCAGCAGCCACCGGCGGCUACGCAAGGCCCUGAAUACGAGGAGCAAAUCAGCCGCAUGCGCGAGGAGCUCGCUCGAUGGAAUGAAACGUUUUUCAAGCCUCGAGGAAUGAAAGUCGUCUCAGGCGAGGAUUAUCGUGUUGAAACACAGAUAUCGUCCUCCCAGGCCCAAAAUGGCAGCUCCGGAGACGAUGCCGACAAGAGGUGGAACUUUGGGCCGGACAAAUUCGGCUUCCAAAUCGGAGGCGCCCUGUUGGGAAUCGACAUGUCGAAACCCGCCACGGACAAGUGA